CGAGGACUCGGUGCGCGCGGGGUGAGGGUGAGACUUCGCUGUAGGAGAUUCUGAGCCGUUAUCUCUCGGAAGUCCCAUCCGGCCUGCGACCUAGGACUGUGCCUCCUAAGCGUCCGCCGCUCCCUGGUGCGCCAGAUGUGGCUCCGGGAAGCUUCCAAGUGUCCUUACGGAGACAGAAGGGUUUGAUUCGGGGAUUUUUGGGGACACCCGUCCUCGUAAUUUCCGAGAGGACCGAAAGACUCGCAGAGCGGGACGCUGACCAGCGUUAUUAGGCUGCUGGACGAAUCCGAGUCUGGGCGCUGGAAAAGCCCCUCGGUCUCCUUUAACGCGAGCUGGGACUUUACCAACGCUCCUCCUCCCCGGGCUGUUUAGAAAACGCGGAUUAGCAGAUAUCCUCAGAGCCGGAGGGGAGGGGCGCGCGUCAGUCCUGCGCAUGCUCAGUGCCACCGCUCUUGGCUAGCGCGGCCUGGGAAGGUGCAGCGGGUUCGCGUGUUGCGGGUCUCUCAUGGAGGCUCCCGGGACGCCAGGCGGCGGGGUCUUGAAAGAUGUAGUGGCCUAUGUUGAAGUCUGGUCAGUAAACGGAACAGAAAAUUAUUCAAAGACAUUUACAAACCAACUUGUGGACAUGGGAGCAAAGGUUUCAAAAACUUUUAACAAACAAGUAACUCAUGUGGUGUUCAAAGAUGGAUACCAGAGCACUUGGGACAAAGCGCAGAAGAGAGGGGUGAAGCUUGUCUCGGUGCUCUGGGUCGAAAAAUGCAGGACAGCUGGAGCACAUAUUGAUGAAUCACUCUUCCCUGCAGCUAACACCAGGGAACACUUACCAAGCCUAAUUAAAAAAAAACGUAAGUGUAUGCAGCCCAAAGAUUUUAUUCCUAAAACGCCAGAACAUGAUAAAAGACUUCAGAAGAAAUUUCAGAAAAUGGCUACAGAGCUCCAGAGGCAAAAAACAACUCUGGAUAAUGAUGUCCCUGUUCUCUUAUUUGAAUCUAACGGCUCAUUGGUGUACAGUCCCACAAUUAAAAUGUGCAGCGGCCAGCACAACACCAUGCAGAAGAGGUUACAGCAGAUGAAGGAGAAAAGGGAGAACCUGUCACCUACCUCUUCCCAGCUGCUUGAGAAGUCUCACGAUGACCCGUUUAAGUCCCCGUGUGAAGCUUGGAACAUUUCACGUGAUACUUUGUGUUCAGAUGAAUCCUUUUCUGGUGCUCUGGACUCAUCUUUUGACAAUCUUUCUGGAAACUCAGGAAGUCAGGAGAGGAGAGUGGGAGAAGUCGUUGACGAAAGUAGAAGUGGUGUGUGUGUAUCUUCACCUGCACUGAAGACCGGUAGUGUUCAUUCAUCGGCACCUGCUGGUCCUUCAGCUUCACUAAAGACCGGUAGUGUUCAUUCGUCAGCACCUGCUGAUCCUUCACCUGCACUGAAGACCGGUAGUGUUCAUUCGUCAGCACCUGCUGGUCUUUCAGCUUCACUAAAGACCAGUAGUGUUCAUUCGUCAGCACCUGCUGAUCCUUCACCUGCACUGAAGACCGGUAGUGUUCAUUCGUCGGCACCUGCUGGUCACCUCAGCCAGUUAACUCCUCAGAAUCCCUCGGGCCGUCUCUCAGAACAAGAAGUAAGUCGGCAGAGGGAUCCUGCGGGUGAAGCGGUCACCCCCGACACGUGGUCCGGGGGAGCACCCAGGGAGGUGUUUGGCAUGAAACACGGUCUGCCCCCUACGUUAUCUGCGACAGAACACCACCCUUGGGGACAUUCACGAUCUGAGAGCUCCUCGGCGAAGAGAAGAAGAAAGUCUGAGAUCUCAGAUUCUUCCCCGACAGGAAGACUAAAGAAGAGAUGCCGCGGGAAACCCGGCAUGUCACAGGAGUGGCUCCUCGCGUCGGGGGACCGCCUGCACUUCGGGCCUGGGGCUGCCGCCCAGGCUCCUGGCUGCGGCGUGUCCUCGUACGACGAUUACUUUUCACCUGACAACCUCAAGGAGAGGAGCUUGGACGGUCUUCUCCCCGGGUGUCAGUCGUCAGCGGGCCCUGCUCUCUUCAUCUGCAGAGGCCUCUCUCGGGGGGAGAGAAGGAACAUACUGCAGACGUCUGACUUCUCCUGCAUUGGGAAGAAUCCCAGCCCCGCCCCCACGAGCGAUUUAAGGGCACAAAGUCGCCGCAGUCUUGAGAAACCCACACGUGACAAAGCAAACGCAGCGUGGGCUUGCCUGGCCGCUGAGGAAACCGCAGGGAGUCGUCCGCAGGCUGGUGCUCAGAGAGGGGAGGGUACGCGCCCAGAUGGCGCAGACUCUCCGGUCCACGACGCACUGCCUGCUGCGGACGGGCUCGGCGGGAAAGGACCUGACGGGGACUCACGUCCCCUGGAAGGGGGCAGCGCGGAAGCCAGAGAGCUGAUGGGCGCGGGGAGCGUGCAGAAAGAAGACCGCCCUCGGACGAAGCGGGAGUCCUGCGGUGGAACGCAGCCUGACGACCGGCUGGGUUUUGCAGGCGACUGCACCGCGGACACCUCCGCCCAGCAGAGGGAAGAUGUGUCCAGAGGAUGCAGUGAAAGUGUUAAAAACGGACCAGCAAGGCCUGAUGUGUUAGAUGGCUCAUUGGAGGGCUGUCAGGAUCUCGCCAGACCUCAUGAGAAAUCAAAGAAAAGAGGGAGAGGCCAAAAGCCAACAAGAACAUUAGUCAUGACAAGCAUGCCAUCUGAAACACAGAACAUCGUCAUCCAGGUUGUGAACACAUUGAAGGGCUUUUCACUUGCCCAGGAAGUGUGUGAAACUACUACCCAUGUGCUCGCCGGCAAGCCUCUGCGCACUCUGAAUGUGCUGCUGGGAAUUGCCCGUGGCUGCUGGGUUCUCUCUUAUGAGUGGGUACUGUGGUCUUUGGAGCUGGGUCAUUGGAUUUCCGAGGAGCCAUUUGAACUUUCUAACUACUUCCCCGCAGCUCCUCUCUGCCGCCUGGAGCGCCACUUAUCUGCGGGACAGUACCAGGGAACCCUGUUUGCCGACCAGCCUGUGAUGUUCAUCACCCCGGCCAGCAACCCCCCCAGAACCAAGCUAUGGGAACUGGUCGUCCUCUGUGGGGGUCAGAUCACGAGAAUCCCACGCCAGGCCGGCAUCUUCAUCGGACCCUCCCAAGGAAGGAGGAGGGCGACCGUCAAGUAUCUGUCAGAAACAUGGAUCUUAGAUUCCAUCACUCAGCACCAGGUCUGUGCCUCUGAAAACUACCUGUUGCUUCAGUGAUGGAGCCAUCAGUCAGCACAUGGCUACCGCCACCGGCUCGCAACGUUGUCUUUGGACAUUCAAAUGAGCAAACCCUGACGAGAAGGAAAGGACACAACAUGAUGCCUUUUGACACCAUCACCUAUUUGCCUUGUGUGCCUUGUGGUUUUUACAUAAAGAAGCUCCUUUGUGUGACUUUCUGAUGACUGAAUGUGUUUUAAAGAAGCACUGCCAGCCUAUAGGGGCCUUUUCUGUAUAAUGCCAAUCUUAGUAUUGUGAUAACGAUCAUGAUUAAAAGCUCACAGAACCUUGGUCAUUAAAGCACCCAUAGUGGUGAAUAAAGACUGGGAAUUAAAUUGUUUGAUUAGUGA